CCAGUGUUAAGCCAAGCAGGGCGGUGAAGGGUUAAAGGUUUUGGGGUUUCUCAUGCUGCUGCUGCUGCCUCUAGUCGUUUUGUUCAGUCUCUAGUAACACGUCAACGAACUUACUGACAGCUGCUCCACGGAUCUUCCUUGCGAUUUGACACAAAAGAGAGCAGCAGUCAUGGGGAAAGGAUGUAUUAUCGCCACCAAGUACUUCCUGUUCAUGUUUAACUUCCUCUUCUUUAUUUUUGGAGUUGCACUCUUGGGCUUUGGACUGUGGGUCAUCCUGGAUAACCAGGAUUUCGUCACAGUUUUGCAUGAGUCCAAAUCGCUGAAAGUUGGAGCCUACAUCUUAAUUGGGAUUGGAUCUCUGUCCAUGCUUAUGGGCUUCCUGGGUUGCAUCGGUGCCAUUUAUGAGGUCCGCUGCCUGCUUGGACUGUACUUCACUUGUCUCCUCCUCAUCCUCAUCGCCCAGGUGACGGCCGCUGUUCUUAUCUACUUCCAGCGAGACCUGCUGAAAUCUGAGAUGUCCACUGUUGUGAACAAAAUUCUGGUGAACUACACUGGUUAUAACAAGACAUCUGAGGACGCCUGGGACUACGUCCAGAGAACGAUGAAGUGCUGUGGUUGGACUGGACCAUCUAACUGGACGGAGAAUUUGGUGAUAAACAGUCAAAAGAACAAUUCUGCGAAUCUAUACCCAUGUUCCUGCAGAAACGAAUCCAUCAAUGGCACAGAAAUAAAAGAAUCAGGCUUUUGUAAAGCUUUUUCCUCUGAAUGGCCUGUCUUCACUUCGGGUUGUAUGUCUAGUAUGGAGGACUGGCUCUUAAGGAAGUCUGGAGUUAUUCUGGGAGUCUGUGUUGGAAUAGCAGUGAUUGAGCUUUUAGGGAUGAUCCUGUCCAUGUGCCUCUGCAAGAGUGUCCAACAGGAGGAUUACACCAAAGUCCCCAAAUACUGAGAGCAAACCCCUCUUCAGACUCACCCCACAUCAGAAAACACCAGCCUCUCCACACCAGCAACAACUGGAACAAAGCAGACCAGACCACAUCCACUCACCCACAUACACAUAUCCGUUCUUCACCCUAUUAUCUCCUUUAAACAUUGAAACGCCAUCCUGUUUAGGAUCAACAUUUUACGAUGAGGAUUGUGGUACCUUUUUCUUUUAAAGAAACUAGUGAUCUUUUCUUGUUAGUGCUCUGCAGGGUCUGAAUAGCUUUAUAUUUGUAUAGCUACAUGUAUACUGUACAUUGACUGUUGCAUUUAUGGUUUUCAUUGUUAGUUGAAUCUGAGAGCACUUUAGUGAAUAGCGAGUUUGAAAUGGGAAUGAGCUAUUAGCUCAUUUUAAAAUAUUUUUAUAAACAAGAGGGGAAAAUCAACACUUUUUAAUCAUUUUUAUUUGUUUUAGAAUUGUGUUUUUUCAGUUUGGUUAUGUGUAUAUAAAUACUUCAGUGAGGUUUAUUCUUACUGAAUAACUACGUCCUAGUUAUGACAGCACUUGAUGGCUUUUCUGGAUGUAUGCGAAGUGUUAUUACCUGGGGCUGGGUCACUCCGGGCGGAGACAGGUGCGGUGUGGGUAAGGAAUGUUAGGGUAAAUGACAAGUCUGAAUGCUAGAAUGGCGUAGUGUAGCGUUUCUUGUGGUUUACAUGUGAGUCGGCCUACAUCUCUCUGUGGAUCAGGGUGUGUAUGUGGAUUUAGGUUUGGUGCGUAUCCCACAGAUCCUUCUGCUGUGCUGGUGUGGGAAAAACAGCUGUUCAAGUAUGUCCAUAACAGAUCCUGCUGACUAGCUUCAGCUGUAGCCUGCAGCACCACAGCAGUCUUCCUGAUACUGACCCAUUUCAGCUGAACCAGAACAGCUCUGCGUGAUGAAGUUCUGCAAGGCUUUUUCAUAUCUUUGCAUUUCUUCUUUUUAAGAUUUUUGUGUCUAUGGGUUUAUUAUUGGCACUGAAGCUGAUGUAGACAAUGUCAGCCUUUUGUGUUUAUUAAGCCUGGUGUUUUUCAUAUCUUUGCAUUUUUUCUUUUUUUUGGAAGUUUUGUUUUGUCUGUCUUUUUGCUGUCCGAAGUGUUAGUUCAGAACAGAAGUAAUCAACACUGCUUCCGAGAAGAUAAGGGGAAAGAAUGUCCCAGUUGCUGUCCGUAAAGCCAUUUCCAAACACUUUCUUGCUUUUAGACAAGAAAUCUUUCUAGCUUGGUCCUUUAAAAUAAACUGCUAGUUGUAUUGUAAUAUGAUAGACCUAGAAGUGACAGAGAAAUAAAUCAUUCCUCUUCAUGAUUUUUCAUAUUUCAAGAUUUAUUAAUUAUUUUUCUUAAGUGUCUUUUUUUGUAUUCUGUCAAGAAGCUGUCUCCUAGAACUCUAGUUUAGAUACUGAAAAGCAUUUUUUAUAUAUAUAUUUGGAUAACGGUAUUUCUGAGGUAAAGUGAAGAUGAAGGGCUUUUUUCUACAUUUCUUAUACAAGAUUUUCUGUUUAACUGGGAAGCCAUGUAUAUGUAGUGAGUUGUACAAAACAAUGCCUAUGCAAUGGUUAUGAGUUGGAUUAAAAGAAAACUUUGGCACAAUA